CAAGCUAUCAGCUUUUCAUUUUCUUUAUUUUUUUCCUUUUUAUUUUUUAUUUAUUUUAUCAAAUUUUUCUUAGCUUUUAUUAAUUUUAUAAUUUUUCCGCCGAUUUUAGGUUAAAGAAAAAAAUAAAAAUACGAAAAUAUCAGACGUCGAUUGAAUCUACAAAGUUUCAUCUCCUCUUCUCUCUCUCUCAAUCUCAAUGGCUCUGUUUUAAAAAGGGCAAAUUAGAGAGAUUUCUCCUUCAAUAACAAAAAAUCGCCAGCUUUAUCUCUCUCUUUUUCACAUCCCAUGGCUAGAUGGUGACGACGAUUCACGCAUAAACUAGGGUUCCCCCACAAAUCAUCUUACACGUAUCCUCUAUUCCUUCCUUCCUUUCUCCGUCAUCAUCAUUUUUCCCACCGACAACAAUCUCUCGGAGUUUGGAUCAAUAAUGGCGUUGAAGUCUAGUUCUGCUGAUGGUAAAACCAGAAGCUCUGUUCAGAUCUUCAUUGUGUUUAGUUUAUGUUGCUUCUUUUACAUUUUGGGAGCAUGGCAACGAAGUGGUUUUGGUAAAGGAGACAGUAUUGCUCUUGAGAUGACCAACAGUGGAGCUGAUUGCAACAUUGUUCCUAGCUUGAAUUUCGAGACUCAUCACGCUGGCGAAUCAAGUCUUGUUGGUGCUUCUGAAGCUGCAAAGGUCAAGGCUUUCGAGCCCUGUGAUGGUCGUUACACGGAUUACACUCCUUGUCAAGAUCAGAGACGUGCCAUGACUUUCCCGAGAGAUAGUAUGAUUUACCGAGAAAGGCAUUGCGCUCCUGAGAAUGAGAAGCUCCAUUGUCUUAUACCGGCUCCUAAAGGAUAUGUGACACCUUUCUCUUGGCCUAAGAGUCGAGACUAUGUGCCUUAUGCUAAUGCGCCGUAUAAAGCAUUGACUGUUGAGAAGGCUAUUCAGAAUUGGAUUCAGUAUGAGGGAGACGUUUUUAGAUUCCCUGGUGGUGGAACUCAGUUCCCUCAAGGUGCUGAUAAGUAUAUCGAUCAGCUUGCUUCCGUGAUACCUAUGGAGAACGGAACUGUUAGGACUGCUUUGGACACUGGUUGUGGGGUUGCAAGUUGGGGAGCGUACUUAUGGAGCAGAAAUGUGCGUGCAAUGUCUUUUGCACCAAGAGAUUCACACGAGGCUCAGGUCCAGUUUGCUCUCGAGAGAGGUGUUCCCGCUGUUAUUGGUGUUCUUGGUACCAUAAAGUUGCCAUACCCAACACGUGCUUUCGACAUGGCUCAUUGCUCUCGGUGUUUGAUUCCAUGGGGAGCAAAUGAUGGGAUGUACUUGAUGGAAGUUGACCGUGUGCUUAGACCUGGUGGGUACUGGAUUCUGUCUGGUCCUCCAAUCAACUGGAAAGUCAACUACAAGGCAUGGCAACGUCCCAAGGAGGACCUUCAAGAGGAACAAAGAAAGAUUGAGGAAGCUGCUAAACUUCUUUGUUGGGAGAAAAAGUAUGAACACGGUGAGAUUGCAAUUUGGCAGAAGAGAGUCAAUGAUGAGGCAUGCCGAUCAAGACAAGAUGAUCCUAGAGCCAAUUUCUGCAAAACCGAUGAUACCGAUGAUGUCUGGUACAAGAAAAUGGAGGCAUGUAUUACACCGUAUCCGGAGACAAGUAGCUCAGAUGAAGUAGCUGGUGGUGAGCUUCAGGCUUUCCCAGAUAGGCUCAAUGCAGUGCCGCCCAGGAUCUCUAGCGGUUCGAUCUCUGGUGUUACUGUUGAUGCCUAUGAAGACGAUAACAGACAGUGGAAAAAACAUGUGAAAGCCUACAAGAGAAUCAACAGUCUACUUGACACUGGAAGGUACCGUAACAUCAUGGACAUGAACGCAGGGUUUGGUGGAUUUGCUGCUGCUCUUGAAUCCCAAAAGCUUUGGGUUAUGAAUGUUGUUCCCACAAUUGCCGAAAAGAACAGACUCGGAGUUGUAUAUGAACGAGGACUCAUCGGUAUCUACCAUGACUGGUGUGAGGCUUUCUCUACAUAUCCAAGAACAUAUGACCUGAUCCACGCGAACCACCUCUUCAGUCUAUACAAGAACAAGUGCAAUGCGGAUGAUAUUCUUCUAGAGAUGGAUAGAAUUCUCCGACCAGAAGGAGCGGUUAUAAUCCGGGAUGAUGUGGAUACAUUGAUCAAGGUGAAGAGAAUCAUCGCUGGAAUGAGAUGGGAUGCGAAGCUUGUCGAUCAUGAGGAUGGUCCUUUAGUUCCUGAGAAGGUUUUGAUUGCCGUGAAGCAGUAUUGGGUCACCAACUCCACCUCGACUCACUGAAGUUACUUUAUUUCCGGUGUGACCUGACAUUUUGAUCAAAUGAUAGAGCUUUCGUCCUUAGGGAAUGUGAGAGAGCUGCAAAUCUUGUCUUUAAACACUUUUUGAAGUAUCUAUUUAUUGAUGUUAUAGUUUAUUUUUGUUUCCCAAUCCAAAAGCUUGGAACUUUGUGGUGUACCAUUGAAUUCUCAACUUAAUAGUUUUUGCACUAGCCAACUCUGUUUCUUCUUCUCUUACAAACUCAGAUUGUUUAAAUCGACGAGUAUGUUUAUGCUUACCACUAGUGUGGAGAAGAGAUGUGUCGAAGACCAAUAAACCGAACGUAACCGAUGCUUAAUUGCUU